AUGCCUUUGCCGAUAUUCUCGUCGCGGUUACAGUGUUCGUCUUCGUAUUCGUCGCGAUCUUCGUUUCCUCGGCCCAAGCCACGGAUCGAUCCUAGCUCGACCUUAAUCCCAGGCUUAUCCAACGAUAUCGCGAGGCUGAUUCUCUCCUCCGUCCCUUACCCUCACAUCUCUCGCCUCAAAUCGACCUGCAAAUCAUGGUACGCUUUCCUCUCCUCCAAAACCCUAAUUUCACUCCGCCAUAGACGAGACGGCAACAACAGCAACAACACCACCCUCUCGCAACUCCUUUGCAUCUUCCCGCAGGAUCCUUCGAUUUCGCCUCCGUUUCUCUUCGAUCCCGUGACUCGCUCCUGGCGAUCACUUCCCCUCAUGCCCUGUAACCCCCACGUCUACGGUCUCUGCAAUUUCGUCGCCGUAGCUCUCGGACCUCACGUUUACGUCCUCGGUGGAUCCGCUUUCGACACCAGGUCUUUCCCUCUCGAUCGUCCUCUGCCUACUUCUUCCGUAUUCCGUUACAAUUUCGUGAAAUCGAUUUGGGAGCGGCUCGCUCCGAUGCGGACUCCACGUGGAAGCUUCGCCUGCGCUGCGAUUCCUGGCUCGUCGGAUAAGAUCAUCGUUGCCGGAGGAGGAUCGCGGCACACGUUGUUUGGUGCUGCUGGAAGUAGACUGAGCUCGGUUGAAAUGUAUGAUGUUGAGAAAGAUGAGUGGAGAGAAAUGGACGAAUUGCCUAGGUUUAGAGCAGGAUGUGCUGGUUUCAUUGUCGGGAAUGAGAAGGAGAAGGAGGAAGAUAGAGAGUUCUGGGUAAUGGGUGGAUAUGGCGGAUCAAGAACUGUUUCUGGGAUUCUUCCUGUUGAUGAGUAUUACAAAGACGCAGCAGUGAUGGAUUUGAGAGUGAAAGGUGGUGAUAAAUGGAGAAAUGUUGGAGAUAUGUGGGGGGAAGGAGAGAGAGCUAAGCUAGGGAAGAUUGUCUCUGUUGAUUGUGGAGGGAAGAGUGAGUUUUUCAUGUUGGAUGGGGAUUGGAUUCUUAGGUACGAGAUGGGUGUGAAUCGUUGGAAGAAGGAAUCGAGUUUGCCGAAGAAAGCUUCGUACGAUAAGCCAGUUGGUUUCGUUGCAGUGAACGGUGAAUUACAUGUUAUGAUUCUCUUGGAUGGAUAUAGUCUGAUGGAUGCAAGGCAACAGAGCAAUGCUGGAUCUUUGAUGAUUCAUGUGUAUGACCCGAAGAAGAAAACUUGGAGAUCAGUCGUUGCUAAGCCGCCGUUUAAUCACCAGCUCGAUUUCAGGACUACGGUUAUGUGCACCAUACGAUUGUAG